GAUUUAUAUGUGUAAAGUUACAGGUCAUUAAUUUUAUUAUUAUUGAACGACCAAACAAGUAUGUUGAUGACUUUGUUCUCCUUUAAAUUAUCAUCACUCCAUUUCUCAGAGACUUGCGCACACAGAGUUUUCUCUUCUUUUUUAUCAUCCGAGUGUUUCUUCUAUUUCAGGUGAGAACAAAAUAUGGCGUUUGUGACCACUGCGGAAGUUUGUGACGCGAAUCAAGAACUGAUUCGUAGUGGCCAGCUCCGAGCUCUGCAACCCAAUUUCCAGAUUUACGGUCGUCGUCAAAUAUUUUCAGGUCCAGUAGUUACUGUCAAAGUAUUUGAAGACAAUGGCUUAAUCCGUCACUUCCUCGAAGAAAAAGGGAAUGGAAGAGUUCUUGUGGUGGACGGUGGAGGGAGUUUACGCUGUGCGAUACUAGGAGGAAACCCAGUAGUACAAGCGCAGAACAACGGAUGGGCAGGGAUCAUAGUGAACGGUUGCAUCAGAGACGUUGAUGAGAUCAAUGGUUGCGACAUUGGAGUGAGAGCUUUAGCUUCUCAUCCAAUAAAGGCGAGUAAGAAAGGACUUGGUGAACAAAGAGUCCCUUUGAACAUAGCAGGCACUCGGAUAUGCGAUGGCGAAUGGCUUUAUGCAGAUACUGAUGGUAUCCUUGUUUCUCAGAUUGAAUUAUCCGUUUAAAGGACGCAAGUGAUGUUGAAUCUUGAAGCUACUACUUUUGUGCUUUGUGUUUUCUGUAAUGGCUAUCAGCCUAUCAGAGUAAAAGUUAGCUUCUUUGAAUGAUUAUUGAACUUUUGAAUCUGUUUGAGUUUGUGGAGUUGACAAAAAAAAACAUUUGCUAUUGAA